AUGGCUCAAAGAACACCAAACAUUCUAUUACUCAAAGAACACCAGACAUUCUAUGGCUCAAAAAACACCAGUCAUUCUAAGGCUCAAAGACCACCAGACAUUCUAUGGCUCAAGAACACCAGACAUUCUAUUACUCAAAGAACACCAGACAUUCUUUUGCUCAAAGAACAUCAGACAUUCUAUGGCUCAAAGAACACCAGACAUUCUAUUACUCAAAGAACACCAAACAUUCUAUGGCUCAAAGAACACCAGACAUUCUAUGGCUCAAAGAACACCAGACAUUCUAUGGCUCAAAGAACACCAGACAUUAAAUGGCUUUUGAUCGUAAGGGACAGCUGCAGAUCUCUUGCUUGCAGAAAUCCGAGACCCAAAGGAAAGAUUCCUCUAGAGCCAGGCGAGUUAGACAAGGAUGAGCAGGAGUUAGACAAGGAUAAGCAGGAGUUAGACAAGGAUGAGCAGGAGUUAGACAAGGAUGAGCAGGAGUUAGACAAGGAUGAGCUGGAGUCAGACAAGGAUGAGCAGGAGUCAGACAAGGAUGACCAGGAGUUAGACAAGGAUGACCAGGAGUUAGACAAGGAUGAGCAGGAGUUAGACAAGGAUGAGCAGCAGUUAGACAAGGAUGAGCAGGAGUUAGACAAGGAUGAGCUGGAGUCAGACAAGGAUGAGAAGGAGUUAGACUUGGAUGACCAGGAGUUAGACAAGGAUGAGCAGGAGUUAGACAAGGAUGAGCAGGAGUUAGACAAGGAUGAGCAGGAGUUAGACAAGGAUGAGCAGGAGUUAGACAAGGAUGAGCUGGAGUCAGACAAGGAUGAGCAGGAGUCAGACAAGGAUGAGCAGGAGUCAGAAAAUGAUGAGCAGGAGUUAGACAAGGAUGACCAGGAGUUAGACAAGGAUGAGCAGGAGUUAGACAAGGAUGAGCUGGAGUUAGACAAGGAUGAGCUGGAGUCAGACAAGGAUGAGCAGGAGUCAGACAAGGAUGAGCAGGAGUCAGACAAGGAUGAGCAGGAGUCAGACAAGGAUGAGCAGGAGUCAGACAAGGAUGAGCAGGAGUUAGACAAGGAUGACCAGGAGUUAGACAAGGAUGAGCAGGAGUUAGACAAGGAUGAGCAGGAGUCAGACAAGGAUGAGCAGGAGUCAGACAAGGAUGAGCAGGAGUCAGACAAGGAUGACCAGGAGUCAGACAAGGAUGAGCAGGAGUUAGACAAGGAUGAGCAGGAGUUAGACAAGGAUGAGCAGGAGUUAGACAAGGAUGAGCAGGAGUUAGACAAGGAUGAGCAGGAGUUAGACAAGGAUGAGCAGGAGUUAGACAAGGAUGAGCAGGAGUUAGACAAGGAUGAGCUGGAGUCAGACAAGGAUGAGAAGGAGUUAGACUUGGAUGACCAGGAGUUAGACAAGGAUGAGCAGGAGUUAGACAAGGAUGAGCAGGAGUUAGACAAGGAUGAGCUGGAGUCAGACAAGGAUGAGCAGGAGUCAGACAAGGAUGAGCAGGAGUCAGACAAUGAUGAGCAGGAGUUAGACAAGGAUGACCAGGAGUUAGACAAGGAUGACCAGGAGUUAGACAAGGAUGAGCAGGAGUUAGACAAGGAUGAGCUGGAGUCAGACAAGGAUGAGCUGGAGUCAGACAAGGAUGAGCAGGAGUCAGACAAGGAUGAGCAGGAGUCAGACAAGGAUGAGCAGGAGUCAGACAAGGAUGAGCAGGAGUCAGACAAGGAUGAGCAGGAGUCAGACAAGGAUGAGCAGGAGUCAGACAAGGAUGAGCAGGAGUCAGACAAGGAUGACCAGGAGUUAGACAAGGAUGAGCAGGAGUCAGACAAGGAUGAGCAGGAGUCAGACAAGGAUGAGCAGGAGUCAGACAAGGAUGAGCAGGAGUUAGACAAGGAUGAGCAGGAGUUAGACAAGGAUGAGCAGGAGUUAGACAAGGAUGACCAGGAGUCAGACAAGGAUGAGCAGGAGUCAGACAAGGAUGACCAGGAGUCAGACAAGGAUGACCAGGAGUUAGACAAGGAUGAGCAGGAGUUAGACAAGGAUGACCAGGAGUUAGACAAGGAUGACCAGGAGUUAGACAAGGAUGAGCAGGAGUUAGACAAGGAUGAGCAGGAGUUAGACAAGGAUGACCAGGAGUUAGACAAGGAUGACCAGGAGUUAGACAAGUCUGACAAGAAGCUAGAAGAGGUUGACUAG